AUGACUGGGGCUGGUGACGGCGACAGCGUGAUGUUCGUCGGUUCGGGCAGCACGGCAGCUGUUGAAUUGCUUGUCCAUCUGAUGCAACCUGAAAAUCUGGUGGUGAUUUUAUCUGUUCACGAGCACCACUCAAACAUGCUACCGUGGCGUACAGUUGCGGAAGCUUGUUACUAUGUACAGGAGUCCAGCGACGGUGGCAUCGAUCUAGCUGACCUAGUUCGUGUUCUGGAGGAAGCUCAUCGACGCCAUCCUCAGUCCCAGCUUUUGGCAGCUUUCACUGCAUGUUCGAAUAUUACGGGUAUCUUUAUGGAUGUACCCCUAAUAAGCGCCACGCUUAAGAGGUAUGUUGUUUGA